GUUUGUUGUGUUCUUGUAUGUGGAAAGGGAGCGAAGGCCAUAAUUUGGCGUAAUAUAUUCAAAAAGCUGAAAAUUUAUUAUAUUUUGUAAAUAUUAAACUAGUUAAUUGCUCGUCUCAACGGUAUUUUGCGCUGUCAACAAAAUUACAACAAUAACAAUGACUUGUGCAACGUCCACAGUGAAAUUUUUAGCAUUUCUAAUGAAUGUGCUCUGCUGUAUAGCGGGCGCUUUUAUGCUAUCAGCCAGCGCAUACUCCUUGGUGCAAUUCGACGCCAGCGAAUCCAUUAAGAUACCCUGCAUUAUGGGCGUGGUAUUGGGCGGUUUGCUCUUCGCCACCACCAUAGUGGGCUGCUGUGGCGCCAUACGCGAGUCGCCGCACACUAUUUUGGUAUAUGCCAUCUUGUUGCUGCUGCUGCUGCUCGCACAAAUCGCUGUCAUCUUCGCGCUGCCCAUAGACUUCUCCAAAUUAGCCGAGGAGACGAUACAGAAUGCUUGGAAUCGACAGAUGAGCGAUGACGCCAUGGAUAAUUAUCAAAUUAGAUACGAGUGUUGUGGCAAAAAUGGACCUAACGAUUACAUCGACAGUGGUCUAUCCAUACCUACGAGCUGUUAUCUCAACCGCAAGACAUCCAUUCCAAAUGAUCUCUACACAGCGGGUUGCGUAGGGAAGUUAACUCAAGCCUUCGCUAACGGAUCGCGUAUUGAAGUAAUCAGCGAUUGGACGUUGGUGGGCGUGGAGGGUGUUACCAUAAUUGUCGCAUGCAUUCUGGGCAUCAAUUUCAAAAACGUGGAAAGAAGGCGCUAUUACUAGCAGAUUAUUACUUAAACUGCAUAAAUUUCAUAGUAUUUUCAAUUAGCAGCUUUAUUUUAAAGAAUAAUAAUAAUAAAAUAUUUAUUUUAUGUAA